GUGUAAAAUGUUCUCGGUGAUAACUGUGAGUGAUUCUUGUGCCGCUGGCAAAGCAACGGACACUAGCGGCCCUCAUUUGGUGGAAAUGAUUAAACAAGCAUUUAAAACGGAUACCGUCAACUACCUGUUGAUUGCGGAUGACGAGCAGUUAAUAAAACAAUCGCUCAUUUAUGCUUGUGAUGUGCUCAAGGUACGAGCCGUAUUUACGACGGGCGGAACCGGUUUUGCACCACGGGAUGUUACCCCGGAAGCUACGCGUGCCAUCAUUACCAAGGAAGCACCACAGCUUACGCUGGCUAUGACCCUGUGCAGCUUGGAGAAAACCAAAUUUGCUGUACUGUCGAGAGCGGUCUGUGGUGUACGAAACAAAACGCUGGUCGUUAACUUUCCUGGAAGCAAAAAGGCUGUCGGUGAAUGUUUCCAAUCGAUUGUGGACGUUUUGCCACAUGUGUUGAAUUUGCUGAACGAAGGCGAAAUAGAACGGGUUCGUGAAACACACCGUAAGGUACAGGCGGAAGGUGAUGCUUCAACACCACAGGAAGUAUAUCACGUGUGUCCACAUGCAACAGGGAAAGGGGGUGAUGAUGAUCGUAACUCACCAUUCCCAAUGAUCGGUGUGGAUAACGCGCUAAAGCAAAUCCUGGCCACCAUACCGUCUGUACAAACGACUCGCAAGCAACUAAGCCGUGUGAAUAUUCCUCCAUUUCGAGCAUCCAUCAAAGAUGGCUAUGCGUUGAAAUCGAUCGGUGGGAAGGGCAUGAAGAAGGUGAUCGGUUACGUUUCGGCCGGUGAUCCAAUCGUACAGACAAAUUUUACCAUCGAUGAAUGCUUUAAGAUCAAUACUGGCGCGCCGGUGCCAUUACAUGCCGAUGCCGUGAUACAGGUGGAAGACACAAAGCUUGUCUCGCGAGAAAAUGAUUAUGAAAAAAUCGUCGAGAUUUUGACUGAACCGACCGCCUCGCUCGACAUCCGCUCGAUCGGUAGUGAUCUGCGUAUGUCCGAAGAAGUGUUUCAGUAUCAGUUUCCGCUCGACGCAUGUCAGCGUGCAUUGCUUGCAGCAAUCGGUGAGAAAGUAUCCGUGGCCAAGCUGAAGGUGGCCAUCAUUUCAACUGGAGACGAACUUUUGCAUCCAUACGAUGUAAAUGCUACGGCUGACGGAAGCACGUCAGAAGGCAAAAUUUACGACUCGAACACCACCAUGCUGGUAGCGCUGGUACGUCAAUGCGGAUUCACCGAGGAUCAGUGCGAAAUUCAGCAACGGGUCGUGAGAGAUGAUUUUGAAUCGUUGAAAAAAGAAAUCGAGUCACUAACUGGUGUCGUACACAUAAUAAUAUGCACUGGUGGUGUGUCGAUGGGCGAUAAGGAUUUCGUCAAACCGGUGCUAAAAGAGCUUAACUAUGAGCUGGUGUUUGGCCGCGUCAAUAUGAAGCCCGGCAAACCGUGCACAUACGCCAGCAGCAAAGUGACGAAAUUUUUUGGUUUGCCAGGAAAUCCGGUAUCAGCAUUCGUAACGUUCCAUCUGUUUGCAUUACCAGCAUUGCGGCAUUAUCUUGCUGCCGUAAAUGAAACGGCUCCGAGCAUGGCAAAAUCAAGUUUACCCAUGAUUAGAGUUGAGCUUUUGGACACAAAAUAUGUACUAGAUCCUCGACCAGAGUAUGCCAGAGCAUCCAUUACAUCGCGAAAUGGUAAGCUGUUAGCAAGCAUAACUGGUGGACAAAUCAGCAGCAGGCUGAAGAGUACCAUCGAAGCUGACGUCCUUCUCGAACUUCCGGCCAGAACCGAAAACAAACCGUACAUUACAGCGGGAACACAGCUCAAAGCGUUUGUUCUGCGAUCCAAUUUUAUUUCUCGAUAUGAGUAGAGAGUAAUAUUUUA